AUGGUUCCGGAGAUUCUGAAACUUUACAGGGCGCAAUCGACAUGGUUCCCCGAGAAUAAUACACGUAGAGUCAAAAUUUACAUACGGCCUGGAAUUUACAGAGAAAAGGUAUUAAUUCCAGAAAACAAGCCGUAUAUUUCACUGAUUGGAAUUGAAGCUAACCAUACAAUGAUAACAUGGAAUGCAAAAGCUUCGGAUAAGGACGGGCAUGGUAAAGAAAUAGGCACUUUCAAAACAGCUACUGUCAAUGUAGAAUCUGAUUACUUUUGUGCUAAACUUUUCAGGUAUGCACGUCAUAAAAAUCAUAUAUAUUCCCUUCGUUUUGAAAAGAAAAAUACUGUAGUUGCAAAGCCAAGAGCAAAGAAUAUGCAAGGAGUUGCACUGAAAAUAAGCGGGAAUAAAUCCGUACUCUAUAAUGUGAGGUUUCUUGGGUACCGAGAUACACUCUAUGACCAUCAUGGAACACACUACUUCUACAAGUGUUUCAUCCAAGGAGCCAUUGAUUUCGUAUUUGGUAAUGCAAGGUCGCUUUACGAGGAUUGCACUAUCAACUCAGUAGCAAGAAGACACGGAUAUGGAUUUAUUGCAGCCUCUCAUAGGAACUCUCCUGAUGAAAAUACAGGGUUUUCUUUCUUGAACUCGAGAAUUCGUGGCGGGGAAAAAACUUCUUGGGAAGACCAUGGGGCAAUACGGUUACUUUUGGAGAGUUUCAAUGCAGCGGUGAAGGAUCAAAUAGACAACAACGAGUGCAGUGGUCGAAAUUAUUCACUCAAGAAGAAAUACAACCAUUUCAGGGAAGAUGACGACCCACAACCCCCAACAACAAAGAAAUUAAGAGGCGUUGCGAAGUUAAAUUUUGUUGUCAAGCUGAAAAAAGGCGAGAAAGUGCCUCUGGAAUUUUUCCAGCAUGAACCAGCUGGCCUGAACACAAGUAAGAUCUCUGCUUACCGGGGAAAAUUGGCAUAA